UUUUCAUUUCAACUGAUUGAUUAGGUAAGAAAGAAGUUGUUCUUCUUAUUUCAAGGAAUCACAAGCUUCAGGUGUAUCGUCGGAAUUAUACCUACAACAUAUCAAUCUACUAGGCACCAAUGGCAGUGGCGAUCGAUUCGGAGAUGGGAUUUGCCGAUUGACAUUUGAGUUCGCAUGUCGGUCAUUUCCAAAAACUCUCCUCAGUUGUGAAUCUGUCAAAGUGUUCUCCAUUCCUGCCGCAUUUUCCCCAGCAACCUAUCAGUCGAAUAAUGUUUCUCAUGUCUUAAUUUUUUCCUUUUUCAUCUCUAGUAAACAGUUCGAUAAACACAAAAAAAUGUCUCUCGAAGAAAAAUUUGCUGGUCUAUCCAUGGACGAUGUCUCCUCCAUUGUCGACACCGUAAAAGCCGACGGUGUUGUGAAAUCGGGACUGGCAGACAGUGUGGCCACAUUAUCGGCGAGAUGCGCCUCCAAGGAUGAAGCCGAGGCCUUGGCUGCCUUGAAAGUUGUCAAAGAGUUGGCCGAAACUGUUCCCACCGCACUCCCUUUCGUAAAGGACUGCUUGGGAGCCUGCCUCGGACAAGCCAUUGCCAAGAGCAAGGAUGUCACUGCCGCCACGAAAGAAACUGCGUUCGCCAUCUGCAAAAACACCACUCCAUUCGCUAUCAAGUCACUCCUUCCUAUCAUCUUCGCAUGCCUUCCCGUUGAGAAGAAGUGGCAAAUUCGUGAGCUUGCCCUCCAAUGUCUUGGCCUCUUCAAGGAUGUCGCUCCUAAGCAGCUUGCCGACUCUCUUCCACUUGUCGUACCCGAGGUGACCGCUUGUAUGUGGGACACAAAGAAACAAGUGAAGAAAGCAUCUACUGAAACCAUGAAGAGUGCUCUUGAAGUCAUUGGAAAUCGUGAUAUCGAACACAUGACCGGAAAGAUUUUGACCGCCAUCACGAAGCCUAAGGAAGUUCCCGAAAUCAUGCACGUCAUGGCCGGAGUAACUUUCGUCCAAUCGGUAGAAUCCCCGGCAUUAGCUAUGGUUGUUCCUUUGUUGUUGCGAGGACUUCGUGAAAAGUCUACCGCCACGAAGCGUCAAGCAGCUGUUAUUAUCGACAACAUGUCCAAGCUUGUGGACAAUCCCCUCGAUGCUGCUCCUUUCCUGCCGCUUCUGUUGCCUGCGUUGGAGACAAACGCUGAGUCGAUUGCUGACCCCGAGGCCCGUUCCGUCACGGAAACUGCUGUAGCACAAUUGAACCGUCUCAAGGGAUUGGCCGAAAAGCACGCUGCCAUCCGUGGAGAUGUCAGCAAGACCGAAGAACUCUUUUUGGAAAAGUUCGGCUGCAAGGAUGCCGCCGGAGGAAAGUUGGAGCUCAUCAAAUAUUUGUGCACUAUCUCCACUACUCUGAUGGACUUAAAAUACAUGGAAGAUCUGCAGUGGGCAAAGAAUCUUUCCACCUAUGCCACCAUCUACUUCGACAAGGACACAUCCGAGAAAGUUAUCGAAGAGGUCCGUGUCGAGUGUGAGAAGAGCAUGGAAAUCCCUGAUGACGAUGACGACGACGAUGAUGCCGAAGAACUGUGCAACUGUACGUUCACAUUGGCCUACGGUACGAAGAUUCUUCUCCACAAUACCAAGAUGAAGCUUCUUCGGGGUAGAAACUACGGACUUCUCGGACCAAAUGAUUGUGGAAAGACCACUCUCAUGAGAUCUAUUGCGAACAACCAGGUCGAAGGUUUCCCUGAUGUUUCCCAAGUCAAGACCGUUUUCGUCGAAGCUGAUAUUCAAGGAGAACAAUCUCACUUGUCAUGCGUCGACUACGUCGCUAUCGAUCCUUCUAUCGCUGCACUUGGCAUCGAAAAGGACAAAAUCCGUGAGGUUCUUGGAACCGUCGGCUUCACGGAUGAUGGUAAGGCCAAGCCUGACCACGCUGUAUCUACCCUCAGUGGUGGAUGGCGUAUGAAACUUGCUUUGGCCCGUGCUAUGCUUCAAAACGCUGAUAUCCUCCUUUUGGAUGAGCCUACCAACCACUUGGAUGUCAUUAACGUCGCUUGGGUUAAGACAUACCUCAACUCACUCCCCAAUGUCACAUGCAUCAUGGUCAGUCACGACACUGGAUUACUCAAUGAUUGCUGUACUAACAUCCUCAAAUUCGAGAACUUGAAGUUGAGAUCCUUUAAGGGUAACCUUGAUGAGUUCGUGAAGGUUGAUCCUUCUGCUCGCUCCUUCUUCUCUUUGAAGGCAUCAAAGCUCAAGAUGUCGUUCCCUCCUCCUGGCCCUAUUGAAGGAGUCAAAUCCAAGGGUAAGGCUCUCAUGAAGAUGGGUAACUGUACUUUCACUUACCCAGGAAACACAAAGCCCACCCUUUACAACAUCACUGUUCAGGUUUCUUUGAGCUCUCGUGUAGCCUGUAUUGGAGAGAACGGUGCCGGAAAAUCCACCAUGAUCAAGCUUCUUGUUGGAGAAAUUGCUCCACAAGAAGGUGAUGUAUGGAAACACCCUAACGCACGUGUUGCCUACGUUGCCCAACACGCCUUCCAUCACAUCGAAGAUCACUUGAACAAGACUCCCAAUGAGUACAUUCGAUGGCGUUUCGCUAACGGUGGAGAGGAUAAGGAAUCCCUGGUCAAGGUCACCUUGCAAUUCACCGAAGCUGAACUUGCACUCCAGAAGAAGCCAUUUGAACUCACCUUUGUUGAUGAGGACUCUGGAAAGAUCACCAAGGUCAAGAAGGUCGUCUCCGAGCUUGUUGGAGGACGAAAGAUGAACAAGAGCAAGGAAUACGAGUAUGAAGUCAAGUAUGCCGGAUCAACCGUGGAUUCCGGCGAGUUCUUAGGCGCCAAGGUUUUGAAGAAGAUGGGAUGGGAAAAGGCCAUGAAGGGAGUCGAUCUCAAGCUUGCCCAGUUGGCUGGUAUGUUCGUGAAGCCACUGUCUGCGAAGAAUGUCGAAUCCCACUUGAACGGUUGUGGUCUUGCGCCUGAGUUCGGAACCCACUACCGUAUGUCUGCCCUCUCUGGAGGACAGAAGGUGAAGGUUGUCAUCGCAGCAGCCAUGUGGAUGCAGCCCCACAUUGUCAUCCUUGACGAACCCACAAACUACCUUGAUCGUGAAUCUUUGGGAGGACUUGCUCAUGCCAUUGAAACAUUUGAGGGAGGUGUUAUCAUUAUUUCGCACAACAACGAAUUCGUUUCUACUCUUUGUCCUGAGACCUGGGUCAUGGACGCCGGUCACCUCGAGACGAAGGGUGAUGCCGAUUGGAUGCUUAAGCAGGACACCAAGAUUGAUGAUCAACAGCAACUCCAAGAAAUGACUGAUGCCGCAGGAAACAAGGUCGAAGUCCAAACAGGUCCGAAGAAGCUUUCCAAGAAGGAAGAGAAGGCCCUGGUCAAGAGAAUUAAGAAGAAGAUCAAGGAUGGUAUCGAUCUUGAUACCGAUGAAGAAGAAUUGGCCUUCGAGAAGGAUCUUCUGUAAAUCUCUUCUCCAUAUCUGGGGACUCGGUACUAGACAUAAAUUUUAAACACCAUC